UGUGAUUACCUUCCAUUCUCUCCUGAUAACAAGCAUGAUAUGGAAUCUUAUCCAGUGGAUGAAAGUUAUGCAAUAUUCCUCAGUAAACUUAGACAAAAUGAGGAAUCUAUGAUUCUGGAAUAUGGUGAUAAUGUGGUGAGAUAUGAUACUGAUGAAGGUGGAACUGAUUCAGAAGUAGAACCAGAAUAUUCUCCAUAUUGUGACCGAAGACAGAAGUUUCGCCGAUCUCUAUCUCCUGAUUCUCUUGAUUCAUCUAUGGAUGAAGAUGACUGUAGUUGCAUUGAGAGUCUUGGUGAUAGUAAUUCUUCUCAGUAUCGAGAGAGGCUUAUGCGUUUACUUCGGAUGCCCUAUAGCGAUGAGGAGUAUAGAGAACUCAAACAUUUAGCAUGUACUACCAGGCGGUUGGAGAAAACAAGAGAUCUGCGGGGUCGUUUGGUAUCAUACCAAACAGAUGAGACUAGCUUUUCUUAUUUCGAUUACUAUGAUGACUUUAUGCAAGUGUUCUAUUCUGUUCGACAUCGACCUCACUGUUCAAUACGUUUGAACCUCUUGCGUGGGUUUUUCUAUCACCUUCAGAACUUGUCACAUGAAGGUUCAUUUAAACCAUGGUUGGACAGCGAUUGUUUGAAGAUAAAGCCAGAGAGUAAAUAGACCAAACCCUUGUGUUUGCGUUGCAUCUACUGGAAAUUAUACGGGGGAAUCUUUAGACUUCCACUGAUGGAGAAUCCUCGUGGCUUGCCAUUACAAUAUAGUCACAACUGAAGCAAAUCUAGCGGAUGAUAUACUGUUUGUCCCACCUGUUGUUCUCUGUAAUUUA